AUGGAGCACUCAACUUCACCCGCCCAGGAGGGUAGCGAGGCAAACAACACCAUUCUCCUACCGAUUUUCAAUCUUAUCAUCCCUAGUCGUUCAAAUAGCCCCCUGCAACUCGAUGCCUGUUAUUUCGAGUCUGCGGGCUUGCUCGACGAGUCUUGCACCCAGGAGCAGAGUGACUGUGGCUUGAACUGGCCGUCCGAUCCCGGCUUCCAGGACUACGAGCCUCCCCUGGCUAGCCCUCAGCCUAUCUGGUGGCAAGAUUCUCCACCAGUGCUACGAAAAAGCGAGUCUCUAGAGGAGCAGCUGACCCGAGCCCUGUGCCAGCACGCACACAAAGAGUCCAAGGGAUUUCUCCCCCUAGAAAAGUUGCACGAGCUAGUCGUCGAAGACUCGGUGGCAGAAGCCCUCACCACCUACAUUCCGGGCCUCUCCCUCGAUGAUGCCAGAAGCCACGCACAGGAGAUCUGCCCCAGAUCCAUGCGCGCUCCCCUACAGCCGUCUUUCCGCCGCAUGUUUGCAAUCCUCGUCAUGAUCCAGCAGCCGCAGGAGAUCCUCACCUUUAUCAGACACAAUAUCGCAGACCACGACUUGCCGCUCGUCAGAGUUCGGCAUGGCAACAAGGGGGCCCACGAGCUUCGGCGAAAAACACAGCCGCAUAAGACGCUGGAGUGUCUAAAGGGGUGGUCGCCGUUUCUGGUGAAUUCUUUUGAGGAGUAUCAAUGGAAAACAUCAGCACGACGCAGACGUCUCAGGAGACGGGGCUGGAACAGGCCCGUCGAGAGCAUCUGUUUCGGAAGCACACUCUUCCAGACCACAGAUGCACCCGGUGCUUAUCUCACUUCAGAGACAAUGCCGCGCUUGAAGCCCACGUUCGCUCCGUCACGCCCUCAAGUUCCUCAACGGAGGAAUACCGUCCCACGUGCAGACUGA